AUGGCGCUGGCUCCCACUUCCUCUGCAAUAUCCGGGUCACUAAGAAGCAGCAUGCUGAAACUUCUAAUGAGACUGAAGUCAAGGACUCUUGCAACAAGGCUCAGGCUGUACGAGAUAAUUAUUGAGAUGCAGGAGCUUGGAAUCACUAGGAACGAGAGGGAGAUCUUCUACAUGGACGUGAAUGUAUUUAGGACGCAGUCUGUUGUUAGGAGGCUGGUAUCCAGCAUUGCAUCCGAACUCCAGAUUUCUAAGCACGAUCUCGGCGUAAGAAAUACUCUCAAGGGAAUCUUUAUUGGAAGACUAGGUUUUGUCAGACACCACGGUCUCGGCAUGGUGGAGAUGUCUUCGAAGGGAGGCUGUCCACAGCUCAUCCCGGACAUGUCAGACAUAGCAGAGGUGUUAUGUGACUACAAGAAGACUGUGGUUGUCGAGAAAGACACAGUACUCCAGAGAAUAGCCUCAGAGAUCGAAAGGGAAAAGUGUCUUGAGGAGAUAUUGUUUGUGUGCGGAAAGGGAUAUCCGUGCAAAAACACGGUGCUAUUGCUUAAGAUGAUAGAGCACAAGACAGCUGUUGCCGGGUUAUUUGAUCUUGAUCCAUUCGGGAUCCACAUCUUCUGCAUUUACAAGUACGGAAGUAAGGAGACUCCGGAUAUCAGGGUCGAGACCAUCAUGAGAAUCGGGGUGUGCAUGGAGGAUGUCCUUGAAAAGAAUGCCUACAAGGAUGUCUUUGUAAAGCUGAAUGUGCACGACUUGAAGAUGAUCAACAGGCUCGUAAGAUUCGGGGAGCUCUCCGCCGAUCUACUAUUUCUUCGGAAGAUCGAUGGGAAGGUUGAGAUGGAGGCUCUUUUCAGCAAAGAGCCGAGGAGGUUGAGGUACUUCCUUUUCCGGAUGCUGGAAAGAAUAAGCAGUUAA